UGUAUCGCGCAGAACAAAAUCCGUGUUCGCUUGUGAAUUAAAUUUAAAAAAAAGAAGAAAAAAAGGUUUCUUUUGUCUUUGUAAAAUCUUUCAUCGAGACUCACGCCAAAUAUGAGUGUUUUGUAAAAAAUAAAAAAAAAAUACAAGAAAAAAAAACACAAAAAGUUGUGAUAAGCUUUUGUUGGGCGAAAUUUUGUGUGGGUAGUCGAAAAGACGUCAUGAAAAAUUUGAGCAUAAUUUUCUUGAUGCUCGUCGGAGUCACGGUUCGCGACGUUUGGGGAGCUUCGCUUGCGAAUCACGAAGACGAGCGUUUCUUGGAAGACCCGCAUUACACGUCGAACCAAGAUUUGGGCAGUAAAUUGUUGCAGUUGCAGAACACUUUUCCCUCACUCGCGAAAUUGACGUCGAUUGGGAAAAGUUUGGAAGGUCGCGACUUGUUUGUGCUCGAAAUCCGCAAAAAUGUUCAGCAUACGCGUCCCUUGUUGAUGCCCAUGUUCAAAUAUGUCGCGAAUAUGCACGGCGAUGAAACUGUGGGACGCCAGCUGUUAAUCUACUUGGCAGAAUAUUUGCUGUACAACUACAACAGUUCGUCGGAGGUGACGUCAUUGGUUGAUAACACGGCGAUUUUCCUCAUGCCAAGCAUGAACCCCGAUGGUUUCGAGCGUUCGUUCGAGGGCAAUUGUGACAGUUUGCCGCAAUAUGUUGGUCGAAUUAACGCAGCUGGAGUCGAUUUGAAUCGCGAUUUCCCCGAUCGCUUGGAUAACUUGGUCGUGCAAAAGCUCAAGAAUCAACGACGUCAACCCGAAACGAUCGCCACGAUUGAAUGGUUGCUCGGAAAUCCCUUUGUUCUUUCGGCGAAUUUGCAUGGCGGAGCAGUUGUUGCCUCCUAUCCGUACGACAAUUCCAUCAAACAUCGUCAAUGUUGCGAAAAUAGCUUAACUCCCGAUGAUCGAGUGUUCAAAGUACUUGCCAACACUUAUGCUAAAAAUCAUCCAACGAUGCGUCGCGGUUUGAAUUGCAACGAAUCCUUCCCUCGUGGCAUCACAAAUGGCGCUUUUUGGUACGAACUUGACGGCGGCAUGCAAGAUUUCAAUUACGCCUUCACAAAUUGCUUCGAAAUCACGCUCGAACUCUCGUGUUGCAAAUUUCCGAAGGCAGAAGAACUCGUUGGCGAAUGGAAACGCAACAAACGCUCGCUAAUUGAAUUCAUGAAACUCACUCAUAUGGGCGUUAAGGGACUCGUAACUGAUGCCAGAGGUCAUCCAUUGCGCGAUGCGGAAAUUGUCGUUGAAAAUUUGGAAGAUAAACCCGUGAGAUCGACAGAACGUGGCGAAUAUUGGCGAUUGUUGACUCCAGGAACGUACAGAAUUCAAGCAACUGCAUUUGAUUACUCGCCAAGUGAAGUUUAUACCGUUACAGUUACUGAAGAUGGUCCCGUCGAGCUGAAUUUUCAACUUUAUCCCGUAGACUACGGACGACGCAUUCCGUUGCAAAUGUAAAUAGUUUACGAAAUUUGAGUCAAGGUGAUUUACAAAAAAUAAAAAUAAAGACGUGAAUGAAUUAAAAAUUCAAACAAAACAUUUGCUGUGGUGAGCUGUACAAAAAAUAGCAUGGAAUUAAAAAUUUUAAGUCUCUAAGUUAAUCUAUUUUUUUUUUAAUUAACUCUUAAUUUUAUGCCAAGAUCUGUUUUUUUUAAAGAGAAAAAAUAAAAUUGUGGGAAUUUUGAACCAAAAACCUCGAACUCACAUGGAACAAUAUACCAAAGUAGAACUUUAAAAAUAAAAGAAGAAAAAUUCCCCGACUUCCUUGUCUGCCUCAAGUCACUCCAAGGUCGAUUCUUACGCAAAAACAGGCUAUUAACGGUUUUUUCUCUUUUUCAGUUUCUUACUGAAAUCUCGUUUGCCAUUUCAAAAAACAAAAAAAAAGGAAAGUGAAUAACCAGUCGUCGCCUCCUUUUUUGAUUCAUACCGGUUUUCACUUGAACUUCUUAUCAUAUCAGUUCUAAGUAAUAUUAUAGGUAACAAAACAAUGACGAGAAUCCACUCUACUUGAUAAGUACAUUCCAAUGACAAUUCCUAUAAAAACUUUUUUUUACUUAAAAAUUUCUUUAAAAAAAUCUCACCCAAUAAAAUUAAAAAAAUUGUACAAAAAAGUACUUACGAAAAAAAUUAUAAAUGUAUAAAAUAUUAAAUGUGUAAAAAAAAGUGAAGAGAAACAAAUAAAAAAAAAAUGUGAAAAACUCUCAAGAAAAUACAAAAAAUAAAUAAAAUUUAAUCCAUUAUUCAAUCAAUCAAGCAACAAAUAUUUGAGAAUUAAUGUUCUGUUAUUGAAACUUACUUAUUACUGUAAUAAAAAAAAAUAUUGAUGAUAAAAAUUAUGAAAAACAAAAAUUAAUUAU